AACGGCGACAAUUCAGUAUAUCGCGCUUUGGCAAGAACAAGUCUUAGUAAACGCGUGUUUCAGCCUCUAACUCUUGCUGAGAUCCGUGAGUACGUUCCACGACAGACAAAUGAGGACACCGAAGACCCGUAUUAUGGGGAGCUUAUUCGAAUAAUUGAGUACGACGAGGACGGUGAGCCAGAACCACCAAACGUCGCUGUGCAGAACACAUUUAGAAAUGCCCCAUUCCAGAUUGGUACCGAUGGUCUCGUGGGCUGUACAGUUGUGACCGUUGUGUCCAGGAGAGCAGUAUACAUGGGACACUACUGGGAAGGUCCGAACUGGAAAGACCCCAACGAUUUCGUCACAAUUAUCCUCAACUUCAUCAGCAACACGAAUCCACGGGAUGGCAGCGGCCCUGCCCUCAACCCAGCACUAUUCAAUCGGGCCACCGACGACACACGGAUCUACAUCAUGCAAGCCGUGCAGAGAACAGGGAGGACGACUACAGCGCCCUAUUAUGCCCCAGAGCUUAGGCAAUAGAAGACCCUUCUCAAUCAGCAGUUGCUGCCUGGCGCACCCACGGCGACGUGGAUGUACAUUCCUAUUAACUGGGAAGAUGGCGAGCCCGAUCCCCUCGCUGACCAGCCAUGAAGACGCCAUGCAGUCUUCCAAUAUAGUCCCCAAGCGCAUAGCACCGGCAGGAGAAAGAAGGGAUGGAGGCUCUUCUACGAGGGUCAUUAUUUCGAUGAUACCAACCCUCCUCCUUGCCCUGAGUCAGCUAAUGGGAUUCCGGAUAGCCCGUGAGCGAAUUUCCUAUCG